AUGAACUUGGACUCCAUCAAGAUUCCGCUUCAUAAAGACAAACAGUGCACAGGUGUUAAACAAAAUGAAGGUGAUAGUGAACUUACGGUGGUAUCUAUAUUCGCAAAGAAGGUAGAAAAUCAUGCUCAAUCUUUGAAUGGUAAUGAUAUUGACAACUUUGCAUCAGGCAAAAUGCAGUCAGAGCUAAAGGGAAAUGAUAAUGCCACUCAUACAGAUAAACAAACAAAGAAACGUAGGAAAUUGAAACAAAGACAACUGUCAAAUGAAUCGCAAUCUUCUGACUCUGAUUCCCCUCCAACUCCACAUGAGACUAAAGAGGAAGUAAGACAGCAAAAGGAGGAAGCACGGCAAAGAAGACACAUUAUGGCAAACUUGGAGGCUUUGGAAUUAAGUUUCAAGGUUUCACAGGCAGUUUUGGCUACUCUUUCAUCUGGAAUGUGCUUGGAUGCGAAUUCUUCCGAGACAAACGUGUUGUCUAAUUCAAUAGUCAGUGGAAGUUGCAGAUUUACACAGUCAUUUGGAGAUUUGAGUAUAUUUGAAAGGGCUCCAAUGUUUUCAAAACUUAAAAUUUAUCAAAAAUGUGGAGUUCAUUGGUUGGCAUUGCUUCAUUCCGUGGAGAAUGCAAACGGUAUAUUGGCAGAUGAAAUGGGAUUGGGUAAAACAGCCCAAACAUGUGUGUUUUUAAGUUGGUUGUACAUGUUGGAAGAUUUACACUCAUCAUUAAUCAUAGUACCCACGACUAUUUUAGAUUCAUGGGUAUCUGAGCUUGAGAGGUGGGCUCCAAAUUUAGCUGGAAAAAUAAUAAAGUAUCAUGGAACCCAAAAUGUUCGUUUCAAGAUUGCAGAUCAGGUACUUGAAAGAGUAGAAGAUGGUGAAUCUCUCAUUAUUGUAUCAACACUUGGGACAUUAUCUUCAAAGGAGGACAUUCGGAUAUUCCGUGAAUUAAACGAAUUCGAGUACCUUAUAGUGGAUGAGGCACAUGCCCUCAAAAACUCAGAAACCAUUGCCUAUAGGAGAUUAAAUAACUCUUUUAAUAUCACACACAGAUUGCUACUCACAGGAACACCGGUACAAAAUAGGUCAGACGAACUUUGUAAUUUGCUCCAGUUUGCAAUGCCUGAUGUAUUUGAUCAAGCAAGGGUAGAAGAGGGUAUUAGGUAUCUCGCAGAGAAUGAGGAAGAUGCGAUCGAUAUGCGUCCCAGUCUUAAAGACUAUUUACGCGGUAUAAAAUCGCAUUUUAGGUUUACAAAGUCUCUAGAUACGACCUCUAUGUCGAAAUCAUCAAUAGACGAGGGUUCUGUAGCAGCAAUAAACUCCAUUGGUAUAGAAAAUCGCAAAUUAAGACGAUUAGACUCUGUAGACACACCAAAGAAUGAAUCAGAAACUCCAUUGACCCAAAAUGAAGCAAAGACAGAACUAGAGGGUGUCAAAAUGGAGAAUGUAGCUGAUACUCAGUCAAUACCACUUGAACUCCGUAUUCUUCAGGGUCUUGUUGCACCAUUCAUCCUCAGAAGGCUUAAGCGCGCGGUUAUUCAUGAAUUGCCUCCAAAGUAUACUCACAUUGUAAAGUGUAAAAUGACCGAAACACAGCACAAGCUCUAUCAAAGUGAGGUGGAUUUGCGGGUUCAAUCAAACAAAAAUGAAUCGGCUCUGCGUUCAAUUUGUAGUGGAUUUUUGGCUUCUAUGGAUGUGCAGUCUACGGAGGCACAGAAUAUCCAACCCAUGCAAGAUGAAGGAUAUCUAGAGUCUACGAAAGAUACAAAGACCCCAGACGAGACAGAAUCAUCUGAUUUCAAUCUCAGGCGUGACGAUUCAUUCAUAAAAUCAUUAAUCUUCCGAUUGAGAAGGAUUUGUAACCAUCCACUUUUGGUACAAGGAUGUUUUUAUGAUGAAGACAAGAUGAAAGUUAUUGUAGACCAUUUUGCUUCAAAAGUUGAAGGUUUUUGUGAAACAACCCGUGAAAGAGUAGACAAGGAGAUUAGGAAUUGGUGUGACUUUGAAGUUCAUAGAGCCAUCAGAGGUAUAGUGGAGGCUGGAGAUAAAGCACUUGCACAUCUCCAGAUACCCCCUGAAAUGUUUUUGCAAUCUGCAAAAGUUUUGCAAUUGUUUGAGAUCAUAAAUGAUGAAGAAAAAGUUCUUGUAUUUUCUCAAUUUACCACUUACUUGGAUGUUAUAGAGGAAUGCUUAGCCAUAAAUGGAAACGUGCAGUUUUUGCGUCUAGACGGGGCUCUACCGGCCAAAGAUCGUAGAGAUGUUGUUAAUCGUUUUGUUGAUGAUCCAAAAGUCAAGGUUCUCCUAAUAUCUACGAAAGCUGGUGGAUUAGGUCUAAAUUUGACUGUAGCAAAGACAGUUGUUCUUAUGGACCAGGAUUGGAAUCCACAUAAUGAUGCACAGGCAGAAGAUAGGGCACACAGAAUUGGUCAAACAAAACCUGUACAUGUGCACAGAUUGUGCUGUGAAAAUUCUGUGGAAGAAUAUAUUCUUGAGUGCUGCAAACGGAAGUUACGGCUAGAUGACGCAUUUGGAGGAAAAAUGCACGAAGGAUAA